GGAGAGCUGCACUUUUGCUAAAUAUCUCACUGAGGACCUCCUGGAAUAGACAGCCUGACUACAGACCGCAAGAACUGCCAGCCUGUGGGCAUACCACUGGACCAGUCAGAAGUGCCAUGCCAUUCUGCAAAAGAGCAUGCUGUUUUCCUGUGGAUUGUAACAUAAGUCUUCAAACUGGAUCCUGACAGAUUUCUUUAACAUUCCCAAAUGGUUGGCUUCUGUGCCCUGAGCUUGCAACAAGUAUUGUCCAUCGUGCUUGGGAGAACUGUUACAGAAACGGUCAUUUGUGUCCUCUGUGACCCAGUUGUAAGGCUAGAAAACUGAUCCUACACGCCGUUGUGCUGGAAUGCAUUGUGUCCUGCUUAAAACAGACAGCUGGAUAUAAGUCGUGUGUUUGUGUAUAUCCGCUCCGGCUCAGCUCCUGUCCUCACAGUUGUUGCCUUGUAGCCAGUGCUCAAGUUUGACUUGCCCUGAGGAUGUCUCGUUUAGGCUGCUUUGUAACCCUUCCCUUCGUGUGGCAGAUGCUGCUGACGACCCUUGCUCUGGAGAUGGGUUUAUAUGAUGUGGAGAGGGGAAGAGAAGCAAAAUGUGAACUUAUUCGGAUUCCUAUGUGUCAAGGUAUUGGCUACAACAUGACUAGGAUGCCCAACUAUGUUGGCCAUGACUCUCAAGAAGAGGCAGCGGUAAAACUUCAGGAGUUUGCCCCACUGGUGGAGUAUGGCUGUCAUGUUCACCUCCGCUUCUUUCUCUGCUCCCUUUACGCACCCAUGUGCACCGAGCAGGUGUCAACCUCAAUUCCUGCAUGCAAGCCCAUGUGUGAAUCUGCCCGUCUGAAGUGCGUGCCCAUAAUGGAGCAGUUUAAUUUUGGCUGGCCUGCUUCUUUGGACUGUGAUCGUCUGCCCAGUAAAAACGACCCAAAUGCACUGUGUAUGGAGGCUCCCGAGAAUUCCACAAAUGGAGAUCCUGUUACCAAUGGACAUGGUAUGCUUCCUGUGGCACCACGGCCUCCACGUCCAUCAGGUGCAGGGAUGGGUAUACCCAGCCGUUGCCCCAACCCUGACAAAUUUUUAUAUGUGGAGAGGAGUGGAGUUUGUGCCCCAAGGUGCACCCCAGGAGUGGAUGUCUACUGGUCUUCAAGUGAUAAGGACUUUGCUUUAGUGUGGAUGGCAGCCUGGUCUGGUCUUUGCUUUAUCUCCACUGCCUUCACAGUAUUGACUUUUUUAUUACACCCCCAGCGAUUCCAGUAUCCCGAGAGGCCAAUUAUCUUUCUUAGCAUGUGUUACAAUGUAUACUGCACUGCAUUUCUCAUCCGAGCUGCAGCUGGAACCCCCAGCAUAGCUUGUGACCGGGAAGGUGGCGCCCCCUACUUGAUCCGAGAGGGCUUGGAGAGCAGUGGCUGCACCCUUGUCUUUCUUAUAUUGUACUACUUUGGCAUGGCCAGUUCACUGUGGUGGGUGGUAUUAACCCUCACUUGGUUCCUGGCAGCGAGCAAGAAGUGGGGUCAUGAGGCCAUUGAAUCCCAUGGAAGCUACUUUCACCUAGCUGCCUGGGGUAUUCCAGCAGUGAAGACUAUUAUCAUACUCACAAUGCGAAAAGUGGGGGGAGAUGAGUUGACUGGACUCUGCUAUGUUGGUGGCUCGGACCCCAGUGCCCUAACUGGAUUUGUUCUUGUGCCUCUCUCCUGCUACUUGGUGACCGGCACAUCAUUUCUACUAACUGGCUUUGUAGCCCUCUUCCACAUCCGCCGUGUAAUGAAAACUGGGGGAACCAAUACGGAGAAACUGGAGAAGCUAAUGGUUAAGAUUGGUGUGUUCUCUAUACUAUAUACUGUCCCAGCAACUUGCAUCAUUGUCUGUUGCUUUUAUGAAAGACUUAACUUGGCUCACUGGGAGGCCAGGGCUCGAGAAGAGCCCUGUAGGACAGCAGCCGGGAGUAGCAGGCCAGAUUGUACCUUGCCUACCUCCAUACCCAGUGUAGCAGUCUUCAUGCUCAAGAUCUUCAUGUCUCUAGCCGUGGGCAUAACCAGCGGUGUGUGGGUAUGGAGUUCAAAGACACUACAGGCCUGGCAGGGAAUCCUAUGCCAGCGCCGGCUCGGGGUUGUGGGCACAAGGACUCGAGGGAAGCCUAGGAGUGGAGGAGGUAUUCCCUGCAGCUUGAGCAGCUGCCCCUACAAACCCCCUCCCCUUUCUCUACAAGUGGCUAAAACAGACCUCUUUAUGGACUGUCCAACACACGUGUGAAACACAAGAUAAUAGCUAAUGAGAAUUUUUAUGCCAGACUUGUAACUAUAAGUAUAUUUAUAUCUGUGGGAAACCAUGGUUUAACUGUUUGCUACAGAAAUAAUACAAACGCCAUGUC